GUAACCAUACCGUGCCAGGGUCCCACCGUGGUACUGGUUCGGUACAGAUGUGAGUACUGGCUCCACCGCUGCGUGUCACACGUGGAGAAGAAGCGAGACGCAGAAACGGAGGCAGCAGCGGGAGGCGGGGCGAAACCACAUCUGGAUGAAAAACAUCUGGACGUCGCUCCCUGCAUACAUGAGAGCUUCUCCGCUGAUACAGGGGCCGACACGACGACAAACAACGACCGAGAACCCGACAGUUUCUCCGGCUAACGUCGCUCGCAGAUGAUGGCUCGGUGCCGGACGUUUUGGACCGGGAUCCUCGUCCUCCUGACAGCCGGUCUUCCAGGUGUUGUCCAAACUUUCAGCCACCUGAGAUUCAACCUGUGUAAGUGGUGUGAGGCGUCCAGUCCAGUGUGCAAAGACAACGUCUGCCUCAGUAACUGCAGUCUGUCCUCCUUCUGUACCGUGCUCGAGGAGAUCUGUGUCGCCAUAUGGAGGAAGACCAACGACACAAUGAUGGUGCACACGAUGUGUCAUCACCCGACUCUGCCACUGGACAGCAUCGACCCCGGCUUGCUGCUAAACUUCACCUCCAGGGAGUGUCACAUGGUCCCGCAGCCGGCAGAAGAUGGAGCCAUGAUGGUUUGUGGCUGCCAGGGUGAACACGAAUGUAAUGACAAACUCAUCUUUGACAAGGGAGCCAAUGGUUUCUCCCGGCUGCAGAGUAAAGAUGUGAUCCCAGUGGUGGUGGUCAGUUUGGUGCCUCCUGUUCUGGUGGCCAUAAUAGCCACUGCUGCUUUUUACUUCUACCGCAUUCGCCGCCCUGACAAACCAGGUCCUCCUGCACGUCCCGACUGGCCGACUAAACACACCCCAGAGCUCUACCAGGCUUUGGAUCUACCAUGUGGGCGCCAAGGUGCUCGGGGUGAGGGUGGAGGAAGAAGUGUGUUGGGUCCUGGAUCUGAACAAGAUGUGCAUAAUGCCAAGGUGCCAUCUCUUAAUAAUGAUACCAUCAGUGAUGAGACAGACUGGCAUGGCCAAGCUGAACUUCUGCCCAUCAAGCUGGAGGAGCUGGUGGGGAAAGGGCGUUUUGCUGAAGUGUGGAGGGGACGCCUGCUGCAGGAUGAGAAAGGUGGCGUUAACAGCUAUGAAACUGUGGCAGUGAAGGUGUUUCCAGCCGUGGAGUAUGCCUCAUGGAGAAACGAGUGCUCCAUCUUCUCUGACCCUACACUGCAACAUGAUAAUGUGGUUCACUUCCUAGCAGCUGAAGAAAGAGGCCCACCAGGCCACAACCUUCAAACCUACUGGCUGGUUUUAGACUAUUACAGUCUUGGAAAUCUGCAGGACUUCCUCACAGCCAACGUACUGAGCUGGGAGGAACUUGUUGCCAUGGCAGCUAGCAUUGCUAAGGGAUUAGCUCAUCUCCACAGUGACACAACAUCCAGUGGGGUACCAAAGGUGCCAGUUGCCCAUCGGGACCUAAAGAGCAGUAACAUCGUGGUAAAGAACAGGAAAGAGUGUGCACUGUGUGACUUUGGUCUGGCUUUGAGGCUGGACCUCUCCCUUACAGUCGAUGACUACGCCAACAGUGGACAGGUGGGGACAGCUCGCUACAUGGCUCCUGAGGUACUCGAGUCCAGGGUGAACCUGGAGGACCUCGAGGCCUUUAAGCAGAUGGAUGUUUACUCGAUGGCUCUUGUCCUAUGGGAGAUGGCCUCACGCUGCGACACCAUCGGAGAGGUAAAAAGCUAUGAGCCGGCAUUUGGCUCCAAGGUUUGUGAGCAGCCAUGUGUGGACAGCAUGAGAGAUCUGGUGCUGAGGGACCGAGGACGGCCGGACAUCCCCUCAACGUGGACGCAGCACCAGGGGAUGAACAUCUUCUGCUCCUCCAUCACUGAGUGCUGGGAUCACGACCCAGAGGCCAGACUGACGGCUCACUGCGUGGUGGAGCGAUUAAACGUCCUCCUGCAGGGAGAAGAGGAGGGGGUGGAAGUGAGGGAGGAAGGUGAAGAGGAGGGAAGUAGGCAGGAGUAAGAAGAGGAGAAAAAACUGAGAUCAUGGAGCGAGAAUAAAAGAAAAAUCUUUAGACAGUCACUCUUUCCAUCUUCCUCCGACACAGCUCAAGGGAAGAUGCUACAGAAGCAUUCCAUGAGCCUUUGCUUCAGUUUGGUUCCCACAUUUUCAGACGUCCCUCUUCCUGUUGCUGGCUGUGUUCACUCUGUCUGAGUCCUUUUGUUUUUCCAGGAGCAGUUGCUGAACGAUUACUGAUACAGAGGAGACUGAUAAGUGACUAAAAACAGCCAAACCAUCAGUUGUAAUCAAGGUUAAUGGAGAAGUAAAAAUCCUCCCCAGAGGUGAAAAACACUGAAGACAACACCUGUAGCUUCAGGAAUUGCAUAUGGAGUGUGUCAUUGAGGACACACACUGUUUGUUUAGGGGUUGAUUAUCAGACCACCAGUCCAGACCAUGGGCUCACUCUGAGUAUACGUCUGCUUUAAAGAUGGGAACCAUGCAGAUUAAAGAGACCUGAAAAUGUCCAUGAGGAAGGUGAGAGAUAUUUUUCUGAGCUCCACCACAGAAAUUGAGCAAUAAACAAAUGAGACAAGGAUUCUCGGUUAUUGUGGCAGCAUAACUUCAGGAAUGUGGAUGCAAACUGGUCCACUAUGUUUACCCUACAGAAAAGUAGGAUUCUUGAGAUGAAUGCAACUGUAAUCACAACUAAAUCCAUCUUUGCAGGCUUCAGUCUUUCUAAACACAAAAGCUCAUACCAGUCAGCAUCUGAUACUGGCAACGAUGGGCAGAUAUGAAGUGUGAUGAAAGUCAGCGCUUGUGGCUAACGUGGGUCAACUGGCUCUGCUUGUAGCGCUUCAUCUGUAUUCUCUUGUGAUGGACUCUGCUCAACUCAUGCUUCCUCCAAUCACAUGCUAAUUCCUGCUAAACGGUUCUUUAACAUAUCAUCUGAAAUGUUAAAUUUCCUGUUUGGGUUGCUGUUUUUCACAAGCUCGCCAAUAUCAGCAUCACUACUACAUUUCAUCCUGAAUGAACAUGAAUGUGAGCAGAAUUCCAUGACAAUAAUGGACUUACCCCGGAUCCACAUCAUACUGGGCCUGACUGAACCUGACUGGAACUUUUUUUUUCUUUCAACUCAAACUGAAGCUCAAGA